AACCGCUUUGCUAGCAUGCUAACACUGAGGAUGCUGUCCUUGUCUCGUUCGGUGGUGUGCGCUGCAGCCCGUGCCCCGGCUGCCGUGAGCCAGGGAGGUGUUACCACUCUCUGUAGGUUCAACAGCACUGCACAGCAGAGUGCUCCGAAGAAAACAAAAUUCGGCCCACUGGCAGAUGAGGACAGAAUCUUCACAAAUCUUUAUGGUCGUCAUGAUUGGAGGUUGAAAGGGGCCCUAAAGCGCGGGGACUGGUACAAAACCAAGGAGAUCCUUUUGAAGGGGGUCGACUGGAUUCUGAAUGAGAUCAAGGUGUCUGGUCUGCGGGGGAGAGGUGGAGCCGGUUUCCCGACUGGAAUGAAGUGGAGUUUCAUGAACAAGCCCAGCGAUGGCCGGCCAAAGUAUCUGGUAGUUAACGCAGAUGAAGGUGAGCCUGGAACCUGCAAGGACAGAGAGAUCAUGAGGAAUGACCCACACAAGCUGGUGGAGGGCUGCCUGAUCGCUGGCAAGGCCAUGGGGGCCCGUGCUGCUUACAUCUACAUCAGAGGAGAGUUUUACAACGAGUCAUCUAACCUGCAGGUGGCCAUCAAUGAGGCUUAUGCUGCAGGGCUGAUUGGCAGAAACGCCUGUGGUUCUGGUUAUGACUUUGACGUGUUUGUGAUGCGUGGUGCUGGCGCGUACAUCUGCGGAGAGGAGACCGCCCUCAUAGAGUCCCUCGAGGGGAAGCAGGGGAAGCCACGUCUCAAGCCUCCCUUCCCUGCAGAUGUCGGUGUCUUCGGUUGCCCAACGACUGUUGCUAACGUGGAGACGGUGUCUGUGGCGCCUGCGAUCUGUCGUCGUGGAGGAACCUGGUUUGCAAGCUUCGGCAGAGAGAGAAACUCUGGAACUAAACUGUUCAACAUCUCUGGACAUGUCAACCACCCCUGCACCGUGGAGGAGGAGAUGUCCAUCCCUCUGAAGGAGCUCAUUGAGAGACACGCAGGUGGAGUGCGUGGAGGCUGGGACAACCUGCUGGCCGUAAUCCCUGGAGGUUCUUCUACUCCCAUGAUCCCCAAAAAUGUAUGCGAAGAGGUGCUGAUGGAUUUCGACGGCCUUAUUCAAGCCCAGACUGGUCUAGGCACGGCCGCGCUCAUCGUCAUGGACAAAUCUACUGAUGUCAUCAGAGCCAUCGCCCGCCUGAUUGAGUUCUACAAACAUGAGAGCUGUGGCCAGUGCACGCCAUGCAGAGAGGGAGUUGACUGGAUGAAUAAGAUGAUGUGGCGUUUUGUUCGUGGUGACGCACGGCCAGCAGAGAUCGAUAUGAUUUGGGAGCUCAGUAAGCAGAUUGAGGGACACACUAUCUGUGCUCUCGGUGACGGUGCAGCCUGGCCUGUACAGGGAUUGAUCCGCCACUUCAGGCCUGUGAUGGAAAGCCGAAUCGCUGAAUACCAGCAGGAGAAGCAGGCUUUGGCUUAAAUGGCUUUUUCAGUUCAUUGCACUCUUCAUUAUGUCUUCAUAUGCCUUUAACCUUAUCUCCAUGAGAAAAUAUUUAAACUAAAGACUACGUACUCUGUUUUAUCUCUUCAGAAUGCUUUGGGUGAUGUCUCUGCCGUGUUUGGUAAUGCCAAUAAAGAAAUCCUACCGAAAACUAA